ACGGCCCGUAACCCGCGAGAGCUGACCUGCGGCCGCGAAGGUUCCCAUGUUCCUCAACAUCUCACCCGCAACCCGCAUUUGCCGCCCGCCAUGUCGAAUCUGAACGAGCCCUUCUAUUUGCGCUACUAUUCGGGCCACCAGGGCCGCUUCGGACACGAGUUUCUCGAGUUCGACUUUCGCGUGGUGGGAGAUGGGCGCAGUGCCACUGCCCGCUAUGCCAACAACUCCAACUACAGAAACGACAGCCUGAUCCGGAAAGAGAUGUUUGUCAGCUCUCUUGUUGUCGACGAGAUCAAGCGUAUUAUCAGGGAGAGCGAGAUUAUGAAGGAAGAUGAUGCAAAAUGGCCCACUAAGAACAAGGACGGGAGGCAAGAACUGGAGAUCCGGCUCGGCAACGAUCACAUAUCUUUCGAGACGGCUAAGAUCGGCUCGAUCAACGACGUGACGGAGUCGGCCGACCCGGAAGGUCUUCGGGUCUUUUACUAUCUCGUCCAGGAUCUCAAGGCGCUGGUAUUCAGCCUCAUCUCGUUGCAUUUUAAGAUCAAGCCCAUCUGAUUGUUCGGACGGCCUUCCCUUGACGGAUUUGGCCGAGGUCGGCGCACAACAUCGGACAGAUUCAGAAGAGAAAGAGAGUCGGUGCCCGGUCAGGAAGAAAAAGGCGGCUAGUUCAGACUGGAGCAUCCAUCAGGCGGCCCACGGCGGUGUUGAAACGAGCGGAAAAUACUGGGGAGGCCUGGAGUCUUGAGCUCUCUGGUGCGGUGGGCAUCCCGCGUCACAGGGCUGCUCCCUACACUGUACAAACUACGACCUCAACAAGAUGGAGGCCAUGGUACGGCCCGGCUCGCGGAACCUCAAGGCGGCCAGAAACCGCUGGGGAUGAGAGAGGAAAAAGUAUGGCUCGAGCCGUUGUAGGAGCACACUCAUCGCUGCACCGGCUCAACAGGCCUAGCUCCUAAGCCGAUAUUCUGCAUGAACCAGUGGCUCGUUGCCUGAUAUGCGUGUUCCUAUCUGGGGUGUGCAUCUACUAUCUGGAUGCAAAGGCGUUAUAUCAAGAUGAGUGUUUCCAUUGCUCGUUGCAUAUAUUCCGUCCGUUGUCCGUUCCAGCGCACUUUGUAAAUUUGUGAGGGCGGCUGAGUUGCUUGACACAAAUAUGGUAACUUACGCAACUGUUUGCAUUGCGUUGUCUAGAUUCGUGUGCUAACGUUGGUGUGGUGUCAUCCACAUUUUUGGUCGCCCCGGAACGUUGGUUACCUUACCUGCCAUUCCGCAUAGGUUGCGCGAAGACCCACAGUGGUUUGGGGCUGAAAGUGAACGCCGCUCCCCUGAACCAGGAUACAACUCCACAUGCCCGUACCCUUCCUUCUGACCCAAGCCGAGUUGUACUCCGUACGUACUUCGUCAUUGCUCAGGCCUUCUUUACCUUGACCGGCCACGUGCCGUCUUCAAACCUGCGAUCAUCUCACUAUCCGGCAGCUCUAUUUCGUUGUCCCGAUCCCCCUAACCCGCAGCCAAGAAAACAACUCGAGAGUUGGGUGUAUUCGCACCUGAACCUUCGGCGGUGCCGAC